AUGUCAUCCGAAGCGCCCGCACCCAAGAAGGAUGCCUUUGCCAUGAUGCGUGCCGCCUCGCUCAACAAGACCAAACCCGCCCCCACUUCUUCUUCAGCCGAAGCAGCCCCCGCCCCCGCCCCCGCCCCCGCAGCGGCGUCAACUUCUACUUCAUCUACCACCACCACGGCACCGCCUUUUCCUUCCAAACCCGCCAAAGCAAAGACCAGCACGGCUUCCAUCUUCUCGGGCGGUGGUAUGGGAGGUGGUCCCAAGCAUGUCGUCGAUCCCAAAGAUCAGCCCUGGGUCGAAAAGUAGUCCGUCGCUCCGUCCCACUCACUCCUCACUGCUCCAAUAGCAAGAGCUCAUACCUUAUCCUUGACCAAACAGUCGGCCCAAGAACCUGUCCGAGGUAUCAGCUCAAGACCACACCGUCGCUGUACUCAAAAAGGCGCUCGGUUCUUCCAACGUGCGUCGGGGAAAAGGGCCUCGCUCUCGCACUCGGGUCGUGCCGCUCACUCCCCAUCUACACAGCUCCCACAUAUGCUCUUCUACGGUCCCCCAGGCACAGGCAAGACCUCGACCAUCCUCGCCCUGUGUCGACAAUUGUUUGGUCCCGAACUGUUCCGUUCGCGCGUGUUGGAAUUGAACGCUUCGGACGAACGAGGCAUUUCCGUCGUCAGGGACAAGAUCAAGGCGUUUGCCAAGACGACCGUGACGACCAACCAUGAUCCGUGAGUGGGAAACUACUCUCACGACUGUCUACUUGCAUCUCACUCCUGACACGGAGCAACUCUGCGCGCUUCUUUAGCAACUACCCCGCGCCCCCGUUCAAAAUCAUCAUCCUCGACGAAGCCGAUUCGAUGACCCAAGAUGCGCAAUCGGCCCUGCGCCGCAUCAUGGAAGCCCACUCCAAAAUUACCCGUUUCUGCCUGAUCUGCAACUACGUGACCCGUAUCAUCGAACCGAUCACGUCGAGGUGUUCAAAGUUCCGGUUCAAGCCUUUGGAUACGUCCUCCACCGAAAUGAGGUUGAGGUCGAUUUGCGUUGCGGAAGGGAUCGAAUGUCCGGAUGAGGCGCUGGGCGCGUUGAUCAAGACGAGUGAUGGCGAUUUGAGGAGGGCGAUCACCUAUUUACAAUCCGCUUCGAGGUUGCAUGGCGCGAGUGGGACCGAGUUGGAUAGUUUGUCCGUGCAGGAGAUUGGAGGGGUCGUUCCGGACCGAGUUAUGAGGGACCUGGGCAAGGCGUUGGGGGUUACUUUUGAGGAUGAGGAUGAGGCGAUGCAAGUCGAGGACAACUAUGGGACGAAGGGCCAGAGUGCGUUCGGGGUCGUGCGCAAGGCGGUGGAGAAGGUGACGAGGGAAGGGUAUUCCGCUACGCAGGUGCUUUCUCAGGUAGGUGCUUCCUUCAUCCCAGACUCGGCACCGAGAACGUAGCAUUAAUCCCGUGCAUUCUCUCAGCUUCACGAUCUCGUGAUUCUUAACCCUUUGGUCGACCCCAAAGCCAAAGCCAAGAUCGCAAUCGUGCUAGGAGAAACGGACAAGUGUCUGACCGAUGGCGCGGAUGAGGAGUUGCAGUUGCUGAGUUGCGCGGCGAGGAUCAGGAAUGCGAUUGUAGCAUAA